AUGGGCGACCCGCUCAACAACCCGUUCGGACAACAGAACAUCUACCGUCAUCUCCAAUCCCAAGGCCUUGCCAUGGACAAUCCUGCGGGUGUCCCCCAGGCACCCCCGUCGCUAGCGCCUGCAAUCCCCUCGAUGCCUGGCGGUGUCCAGGACCCCAACCAGGCCAAGCUGUGGAAGGCUAUCGGUGAGCCGCAUUUCAUUCGCUGCAAUGCCCAUGGCCGGCCCCUUCACUUCUUUAUUUUACUCGCCUUCAUCUCUCUCUUUCUCUCUUUCUCCCUCUCUCAUCCAAUUCCCAAUUCCCACCCCUCCUGUAUCCCACUACCAUCCCCCUUGUCCACCCCCUUCCCACCCGGUCAUCCUACGACCAUCGCACUGCGUCUAUUGUUGAUGCCUCGCGGCGUCUGCGUUGACGGUCCAUUCAGCCUAAACUGGGCCGCCAGCACCGCCACACUCGAUUCUCUGCCACGAAACCUCCCCGUCUUCGCCACCAUACUGACCCCCGAUUUUCGUCCCCAGUUUUUGCAAAAUCUCGCACACAUGCAGCCCGGUCAGGGUGGAUAUCGCGGGAACAACACCAUGGCCCUUGCCAGCGGUCCCCAAGCCGGUCAGCCGAAUCUAGUCCAGGGAAACCCCACCGCCCAGCAGCAGUUUCUCCAGCAACAGAGCAUCCAACGUCUCGGACUUGGUCUCGGCCAGCAGCAGCAACAGCAGCAACUCGGUGCUGCCAUCCAGCACCCCGGCCUCGGCAAUGCCAACCAUCUCAAUCUCACUCAGGGCAACAACCCAGCCCUCAUGUCUCUCAUGGGUAUGCAAGGCAACGCAAUCGGACAGCUCAACAACCAGAUCAUGAAUCUCCGCAAUCCAAACGUUCUCGAAAUGCAACAUCGUUUGGAUCCGGGCAUGAACGACCAGCUACAGGCUAUCCAGCGUGCCCAAGGCGGUCUCAAUCGGCCAGGUUUGGCACAAGGCGGCCCGGGCGCAGCUACAAAUCAACAUAUUCGGCUCCCUGGCGACGGACACAAUUCCCCCCUCCUCCCGGCUCACGACCAAAAUCCGAUGGUCGGUGGCCUCAAUCGCUCACCGCAACCGGGAAAUCAACCCCACCAGCCAAACAUGCCUCAAACCAAUCCAGGCGUAGCGCUCAUCCACAAGCUUGACUCACUUCCCAUCCGCGAUCUGGAGGCCCGAGUAGCCGCCUGGCGAGACAAUUUACCGGCUCUUGAAAAUCGAGUCCAAGAGUUGUUGAAUUUGGCCAAUCGCCAGCCCGAGAUGAUGCCUGCAUAUAGCCGUUCGAAACAGGAGCUCGAACAGAACAAAUUUCUGUAUAUCAAGUCACAAGAAAUCCUCAAUCGCAAGCACAUCGCCCAGUCUCAGAUGGCUCAGGCGCAGGCCCAGCAGGCUCAAGCACACGCACAGGCGCAGGCUCAGAAUCGCAUGACUCCGACGUUAGGAGAGCCCGUUCGGCCCGGGAGUCGCGCUGCUGGAACCAUGCCUGGCCAAGUUCCCGGAAUGACGGGAUGGCAACAGCCCGGCCCCUCUACCACGCCGCAAUUGCCCCAAGGAUCUCCCCCCGGUCCUUCGACCACCCCUUUUCAACCCGUUCCCUCGCCCCAGCCCAACCUAGAUCAAGCCAACCAAGUUCGAGCCGCGAUGAAUCAAAACGGCACUCCUCGUCAGAGUGUCAUCCCUCGUGAUCGUGCGGCAUUUGUCCAAUUCAUGCGAAUGUGGUUCGUCCAGACUGGGCGUACCUCGGAUGCGAUCCCCAAAAUUGGAGACAAGCCACUCGACCUUCACCAGCUGUACGUCGAGGUGGAGACGUGGGAGGGCUGGACAAGGUGGGAGGGGCUGUUGGCGCAAAUUGCCAAGGUGCUCGCCGACGCUUACGUCGCACUUCUCGUACCGUUUGACAAUUUCUGUCUCGAGCGGAUGCGAGCGGUCGGUAACGGAAUUCAAAACAACCGCAUCAAUUUGGGAUUGGGUCAGCCGGCGAUCGGAAUGACCCCCGGCGGCUUGCGUCCCGGACCGGGGGGCGUACUCCCGGGAGGCGAUGGGAUGAGCCCUAUGGCAAAUUUUCAGCGUAUCCUGGCGUUCCUGCAAGUGUCGCUCAAGGACUGGAUGCCCGAGCUGCCUGCUCAAGCCAAGCUCCUUCGCGCUUCUCAAAUGGACGUUCCGGAGAUGCAACGGCAAGGAUGGCCGCCUGAACGAAUCACUGCGAUUCAGCGGUUCCGGCCGGCUCUCAUGCAAUACCGGGCGACUCUUAUGCGCCAACAGGAGCUGCAGCGGCUCAGCCAACAAGGACAACAACAGCAGAUUGCGCAGGCCCAAGUACAUCAACAACAGCUGGCGCAGCAACAGCAGCAGAACCAACAAUCCCAUCUUAAUGAUCAUCGAUCUUCAAUAGGCGGAGGUUCGCUACCUCCGAACAUGCAAGCGCACAAUCUGGGCAUGCCUGGCGGUCUCAAGUUGCCUUUCUCUCCCGAGGCAACGAGCCGUGCCAAGGUGAUAGUCGAGAACAUUGCUCGUGAGAUUGAGCAUAGCCGCCAAUACCAGCGACGUGAGGUCCUGGACUCGCAGCGUGUACAGAUGAAUCAGACCGUUGUUGCUUCGCAUCCCUUUGCGGUCGAGUUCGAGCGAACCGUUUCGUUGUACUUCCUUCUCUUCAACAAUCAUCCGCAGACGCGAGCUCUUAUGGAGCAGGCAAGUCGCAAUUUUAUCUAG